AUGUCACAUUCACCCUUAAAAAAUAGAGAUGCAUCCGAUGGAAGUCUUCCUCGACCCAUUACAUCACCAAGAACUUCACCAUUAUCUACAGGUUUUUCAUUGAACGAAUCCAAUACCCAUUCUCUUGAAUCAUUAGAAUCGAUGAUCGUGGAAGAUAUUCCAAAACAUUUACAAACUUUUGAGGAAGAACUUCGAUCCCUUGAAUCCUUCCUUCAUGUACAAAUUAAGAACGAAAGUUUUAGAGACUUUUCACAAUCCGAACAAUUGUAUGCACUUGUUCAAAAAAUCAAACCUUCAAAGGAACAAUUGAAAGAAUUGAAGCGAAAUUAUCGCCAAAGUAUUUCAGCAAGUAGAAUUCAAGGAUAUAUUGAAGAUUUAGUCACAAACGAAGAUGGAAAGCAAUAUAAUCUUUGUGAUGUUAACAAGUUAUUGAAUUGGAAAGUUGAAGAUGUGGUUCAAUGGCUGCAAAAUUCAGGUCUCAGUGAAUUAGAGCCACUCAUAAGGAGAAAGAAAAUUGACGGAGAAAGGUUGAUUCGGCUCGAGGAUGACAUCUCCAUGAUCAACAUUCAAGAUUUGGAAUUAAGAAAACGUUUUGAAUAUGAAGUGGAUGAAUUGCUAGUGAGUCAUGGAUUUGAUCCAUUGCCUGAAACAGAUUAUCCUGAAUUAAUGUCAAGGAAAAGAAACGAAGAGAAUGCGCAAAGAAAUCAAGUGGAUCUUUCAAAAGAGACUUUUAUGAUUCAAUGUGUGUUGAAGAGUACAAACGAAUGCAAAGAAUUAGAAUUUCAGUUCAAGCAAUUAGUGAACUACUUUUCCCUUUUAAGGGUUAUCAAAACAGCGUUUCAAAUGAGUGAGAAGGAGCAUGUGGAAAUCUCGGUUGGAAAUGCUGAGAGCUGUAUCAACCUUUCGCCGAGUAACAUAUUGAAAGUCUUCAAAAAGGAUUUGUUGGCAGCUGUCAGAGAUUUGGUUUGUCUUCGAAAUUCUGCAAGUACCGCUCCAUCUCCAAGGAAUAUGUGUGAAAAAAAGUUUGUCAUAAAUAUUUCUUGA